CUUUCGUCCCGGGUACUUAAAUCAGCUGGCGAGAAUGAUGGCGUUCAAGAUCCCAGGUUCUAAUAUCCAUGCUUCAACCAUCGAUAGUCGAAUCAAAUUGAUGAAGAGAAUGUUUCACGCACUUGCGGAGAUGCGUGGCCCAAACUGUAGUGGUUUUGGGUGGAAUGAUGAAAAAAAAUGCAUCGUCGCUGAGAAAGAAGUCUUUGACGAUUGGGUAAAGAGUCAUCCGGCGGCGAAAGGCCUCCUUAAUAAGUCGUUUGUCCACUAUGACGAACUGUCGUACGUGUUUGGCAAAGAUCGUGCAACAGGAGGUCGGGCUGAGAGUUUUGCGGACAUUGGGUCAAACGAUCCUCCUGGGUAUGACGCAUUUGCUGCUGAUGCUAUGCCAGAUACGGACUUUCCGCCAACGUACAGUCCGGGUUUGAACAUGUCGCCUGAUGAUUUGAUGGAAACAAGAACCGCUAGGGUCAGUGAACGUAGAAAUGUUUCAAGCGGGUCUAAGCGGAAACGUCCAGGACAUGCCACAGAUAGUGGGGACAUAGUUCGUACUGCCAUUGAGUAUGGAAAUGAACAACUUCAUCGCAUUGCUGAAUGGCCUAUCCUACAACGUCAAGAUGCUACCCAAACACGUCAAGAGAUUGUUCGACAUUUGGAGGCCAUCCCUGAGCUCACAUUGAUGGAUAGGUGUCGCUUAAUGCGUAUACUUAUGCGUAACGUCGAUGACAUGAAAGCUUUCCUUGAAGUUCCCGACCAUAUGAAGUACCCGUACUGCACCCUCAUUCUUCAAGAAAACCAAUGA